AUGGGAUGCUGGGUCUUGAAUGAAAAACUUUCAGUGCUGUUAUUAUUGGUGUGGCUGGCACUGAAUUUCUAUUUGUUUAUUGAUACCUUCCACUGGUAUGAAGAUGACAAUGCUUACAUUUAUACACGGAUUAUGCUGGGAUCAACCCUGGCUUGGGCAAGAGCUUCUGCAACGUGCCUUAAUUUUAACUGCAUGCUAAUCCUGUUACCAGUCUGUAGAAACCUUAUUUCAUUCUUAAGAGGAGCAAGCAUUUGCUGUGGAGGAGCACUGAGGAGACAGCUUGACAAAAACAUCACAUUUCACAAGAUGGUUGCCUAUGGAAUAGCUGUAAAUGCAACCAUCCAUAUUGUUGCCCACUUGAUCAACAUCGAGCGGUAUCAUACUAGCCAGUCAAAAGAAGCUGGGGAGUUACGGAAUAAACUUUCUGGUCUUGGCAAGAGCCCAAAUGAAAGCUACUUGAACCCAAUCAGGACCUAUGAAACAAACACAACAGGAGAAGUACUAACCACCAUAGCCGGAAUAACUGGAGUUGUGAUAACUGUGGCUUUAAUUCUAAUAAUGACUUCAUCCACUGAGCUCAUCAGAAGGUCAUGCUAUGAGGUGUUCUGGUAUACCCAUCACCUCUUUGUGGUUUUCUUCACUGGUUUAAUAAUCCAUGGUAUGGGUCAGCUUGUCCGAGGUCAGACGCCUCAGAGUCUGCUGCUUCACAAUGUCACUUACUGUAAAGAUCACUACUGGGAAUGGGAGAAUGCCACUCAGUGCCCUUUGCCUCAGUUUUCCGGCAAUAAACCUGUGGCUUGGAAGUGGAUUUUAAGCCCUAUGGUGUUGUAUAUCUGUGAAAGAACUGUUAGGCUUUGGAGAUUUCAGCAGGAGGUGGUCAUUACUAAGGUGGUGACACAUUCCUCUGGAGUCCUUGAGCUUCACAUGAAGAAACAUGGCUUUAAAAUGGGACCUGGUCAAUAUAUCUUUCUACAGUGCCCAUCUGUCUCACUGCUGGAGUGGCACCCUUUCACCCUCACCUCAGCUCCUGAGGAGGACUACUUCAGUGUUCACAUACGCCUUGUCGGGGAUUGGACUGCAGCCCUUUUCAAGGCCUUCGGAGCAGAGGAAAAGGCUUUCAAGGAAUUGUGGAUGUUACCAAGACUGGCUGUGGACGGACCAUAUGGAUCUGCAACCACAGAUGUCUUCCACUACCAAGUCAGUGUGUGCAUUGCAGCAGGAAUUGGAGUCACACCAUUUGCCUCUAUUUUAAAAUCCAUUUGGUAUAAAUGCUGCAACCCUAACACAGUACUGGCACUGCAGAAGGUUUACUUUUACUGGAUUUGUCGAGACCCAUCAGCAUUUGAGUGGUUUGCUGAUCUUCUGUUUCAUUUGGAAACAGAAAUGACUGAAAAAUGGAAAACUGAUUUUCUAAGUUAUCAUAUAUUUCUUACUGGCUGGGAUGAAAGUCAGGCUACUCACAUAGCCCUACAUUGUGAUGACAAGAUGGAUGUAAUUACUGGUUUGAGAGAGAAAACCUGUUAUGGAAGGCCAAACUGGGACAAUGAGUUCAAGCAACUAGCUGAAAACCAUCCUAGCAACAGUAUUGGCGUAUUCUUCUGUGGACCCAAGACUCUCUCUAAGAUCCUGCAAAAGACAUGCAACUCAUAUUCGUCAGUUGAUCCAAGAGGAGUUCAGUUUCACUAUAACAAAGAAAGUUUCUAGGCUGUACUUCUAAACUAUGUAAUAGUAUUACCAAAUUUUGUAUUUUUUCCCUUCACUUUCUCCUCCUCUACUCAUUCUAGAGCAUUUACACCAGAUAUUAAGAGUUGUAAACUGAAACACAUGUAUUGACUUCAGUAGAAAAAUGCUAUCUAUGCCAACUAAAGAUUUGGACCCCUUCCUUAUCCUUUUCUUCACAGAACUGAAAGGCCAAUUCUCCAUUGCUUACUUAAUGAUGCUGUGAAUCUCUCUACACCUGUGUGAAAACAAGCCCGAAUCACUUAACUUUGAAGAAAAAGGCAUGAGUAAAAUGGACAUUUAGAACUGUAUUCCACUGUUGUGUAUGAUUGCAGGUGAUACAUUCCUACUGUUUAAAUCAUGCCCACUGAAAGCAUUUUUCUUCCUGGUGUUCUGAUUUUACACUCCUAUAGUCUCUCACUGCACAUACAUCCAUAUCUACAUCACUUUUUGUGCCAUAGCAAUACUACUUAUAUACACACUGUCCAGUGAAUUCCUUCUGCCCUACCAAAUUAACCACCAUUUAAACCUGUCAUUUCCACAGCAAUGGUGGCUGUGCAUGCCGUAGGCUAAUACGUACUUAGGUUUAAUAUGCUAAGGACACUCCAGAAAUUUUUGCACUCAGCAAAUGGAUCUCCUGAGACAUGCAACUGAAACUGCAGGAAAAAGUUUCAUGACAGAGUGAGUGAGGUGGGAAUGUACCCCCAGCAUCUCCUCCAAGCUUCUUGCUCAGAGCUAAUUCUGCGAAGAGAGGAGUGACAUUUGCAUUCUUCCAGUCCUCAGGAACUUCCUCCCAUCACCAUGACUAUUUAAAAAUAAAGAAUGGCCAGUUCCCUCAGCACUUGUGGAUGUAUCCUAUCAGUUUCCAUGGAGUUGUUUAAAAUCUCCCUAACUUUAUCUUCCUUCACUAAGGGUGAGUAUGAAUUGCUUCAGAUCUUCCCACUCGCCUCAGAAGCCAGGGAUCUCUGAAGGUCAGCCUUACCUGUAAAGACUGAGAUGAAAAAGGCAUUGAGUACCUCCACCUUUCUCCAUGGCCCUGAGCACCAGUCAGCACCCCAUUCAGAAGCAAACCAACAUUUUCCUAAUCUUCCUUUUGCUAUUCACUUAUGCAUAGCAGCUCUUCUUCUUGCCCUUCACUUCUCUCACCAGAUUCAAGUCCCAAUGGGCUUUGGCUUCCCUGACCCCAUCCCAGCACACUCAUUGUCUCUAUAUUCCCUGCACCGCAUGCCCUUUCUUCCAUCUCCUGUAUGGCUCCUUUUGUGCUUUGGUUCUGUCAGGAGGGAUUUGUUCAACCAUACAGGCCUCCUACCACACUUGAUUGACUUAGUCCACAGCAAAAGGGAUCAUUUUUGAACUUGAAGAAGGUGAUUCUUGAAAAUCCACCAGUUCUCCUGGAUCUCUCUUCUCUUUAGGACCAUACUGCAUGGGAUACUUCUAAGCAUCAAAUUCCUCCAGUGUCCUCUCCAUGUUAUGUGUUUUAGUGUACAGGCACUUCAGAAAAGGUCUCCAAUCAUGUGAUUUUUCCAGAAGAGGUGUUAGAGCUUCUCCCACCCUGCUUUUCCGUAGGCAUGUGUUUGUUUGUGUGGAUCCCCUUGGAGUAGGCCCCCUUCUGCCCUGUUUUGUUGGUUGUGAAAUCUCUCCUGUUCACAUCAUCCCACACAAGUUACUUGUUGCUUUUGUCCACCACUUCCUCAUUUGAUUGUUGGUCAUCCGCUCCCUCCCCAUCAUGUAACAUUCUGAUAAGCUACUAAAGGGAGAAAAAUAUUUCCCUAUAUCCCAGCACAGAAAGUUAAAGAAAAACUAUAUUCAAAUUGGUCUGAGGCAUAACAGAGUUCACCAGGAUCACAUAACACAUUUAUCCAGCCACAUGAUAAAAAUGGGAGGUAGAAAACAUCCUGUGUAUGUCAGCACUUGAAUAAAAAAUGACAACAUUAUAUAUGUACACUUACCCACAGAUACAAAAAUGCCCACUAGAGGGGACAUAACUGUAUAGACAAAAGCAACAGAACAAUAAAAAUUAUGUGACAGAAGAUUCCAAUAUUAUUUUAUACAUCUUAUACUGGGGAUACAGUAUGUGUGAACUGAGAUUGUUCUACAAGAUACAGUUGUAUUAUUAUUGUAUUAUUAUUAAGUUUAGGGCAAUGCAUCUUUGUUUUAAAAUUGUUGACAUUUUUUUAAAUGCCUGCCUAUGUGAGAUGAUUAAUGUGGUGCAUACUGUGUAGCAGUAGAGUGAGUAGAGAAUUAGAGCCUCUGCCAGUUCACCUAGAGGCACUUAUCUUUUAUUUUUUCCCUUGGCACCCAUGCUGAGCCUAGGGGUAAGCUGACACAUUUUCUAAUAUAAAUUAAGCUCCUUUUUUUAAUGUGUGUUGAAAAUCUUGAAGGAAAUGAGAAAUGUGUGUAGGCACCAAUACCAGCUGCCAUUGCAUGAAAGAAAGAGGUGACAAUUUCCUGCAGAUUCUGAAUGAUUGUUUCAAUGCAGUUGGAUUGGAGGUAACAAGCACAAAGAUAUUGUGCUGCCAGAAAAACAGGAUCUGUUCUCCCCUCAGUCUCAUGCAACAAGAUGUAACAUUUAGCUUCUGGCUCAACAUGGCAUCUCUUCACUGCUUUGAUUUAUUCCCACUUUUGCAAAUCACUGUGGUAUGCUACAGGAGAUGCAUUUAGAGCCCUUGUUAUAGUUCAUUGAGUAGCACUGCUGUUAUCACCACCAGAGGAGAAUUUCACUUGUAUCAAGACUGAGUGACCUACAAUAAAGGAAAAAUAAUAAUAAAAAAAAAAAAAGUGGGGAGGUUUGUUGGACUAGGAUGAAACUACAUUUAGGUUGAAUGAAAAUCCCUUUAUUACAAAUACAAUUUGAAUCAAAAUGGGAACUAGGAAGAUUUGGCUUCCUGCCUUGUUUUGAAUAACACUGAGCACACAGCAGCUAUGAUAAUGUGAGUGCAUGUGUAAUGACUCUAUUAUUGUGUUUAUAUAUGGAAACAUCAUUCACUGUCAGGGAAAAUGAAAGAUAUCUUCAUGGAUUUGUCCAUUCAGCUGCUUCAGCAGGAAGUGUUCAGCACUGUGUAGGAAAAUAUUAUUAAAUAAAAUACAGUCAUAACAGCACAGACUCACCACAUCCUGUGACAGAAAACUAAUCAUAGACAAGGAUCAUAAAUACACACAUUAAUUACUUUGGCUCUUACAAUAAAAAGAGUGGUAUUAUAAUGAUUGAAGUUGUGUUAUGAUAAUUUAAGUUUAUUCACUCGGAAUUGUAAAUUGAAAUACACGAGUUUAUAUGUUCUGGUUUUCCUCCCUCUCCCCCUUCUCCCAAGUUGUAUGUGGUAGAAAUUAUUUAAGUAAUUUUGUUCCUUAGUUUACAAUAAAUAAAGAGAAAUUGCCACUCUUAACAGGAGAUCCAUCAUACGGUGUCUGUGCCAUAUCAUCACCAUUACAAGGACUCUCCUACUUCUUUCCUGCUUUUAGGUAUAAUUAAACGGUUUAGA